UUGAAAAGAAGUGAGUUUUACGUAAAGUCUAAAAUCGUUAAAAUCAUCUAAGAUCAUAUAAAUAUACUUGUUCAUUAAAAUUAUAUAGUAAACAUCAUGAGAAAGCGAACAAUAUAUGUUACAUUUUGCACUUUAAUUCAUCUGACAUUAUUCGCAAUUGGAACAUUGGAGACUAGUUACUAUAAUCGAUUAGCUUUGGAAAGCAAUGGAAUGUAUAGGAGAGAUAUAAGGCAGGAAAAAAAAAUAGCAUUGCAUUUAAAUAUGGAAGAUUCAGAUACGGAGGAAUAUAUCCUGGAAACAGAUUGCGAAAGAUUCGACGUAUCGCUCAAUUUUUCACGUAUGAUUAUAAAAGUAUUAGGAAAAAACUUCGUUAAUUCGCCGUUGAUUACAUGUUUGAACUUUGAAGGGAAUCAUAUAGAAUCAGUCGAAUCUGGUGCAUUCAAUAAUGUACCAGCUUUGCAAUAUCUAAAUAUAGGAAAAAACUCCAUUUCUUCAUUAUUUUCCUUUAACGGUCAUGAUAAUUUAAAAACAUUGAUACUGGCACAUCAGUCGGGAUGGACAUAUUAUGAGAGAAAUUUGGAAAUUAUCGGAGAAUAUCCCGAACUUCGUUAUUUAGAUUUAAGCGGUAAUAAAAUAUCGUCGAUCAAUUGGCAAACAAAUUAUCAGGACUCGUAUAAUCGAAUUAAUAAAAAAUCUGCAUUUCCUAAAUUAAAAUAUUUAGAUUUAUCUUAUAAUAAUCUUCAUGAAUUUCAUGUUUACUAUGAUAAGUCUUUCUUAUUCAACCGAAACAUAGCGCAUCUUAAUUUAAGUUAUAAUUAUUUUAUCAAUGUCGAUCUGCGUUUUUUCACAAAUUUAAUUGAAUUAAGAUUAGAUAAUAAUAAUUUAGUGGCUAUCAAUGAAUAUUGUUCUAGAGAAUGUGUAUGUAUAAGUGAAAUGCCAAGGUUGAAAUAUUUUUCUAUAUCCAAUAACAAAAUAAACAGUUUAAGUCGAUACGUAUUUAUGAAUAUACCUGAAUUAAUUACUUUGGAUCUUUCGAAUAACGAAUUAAAGGAUAUUUCAGCAGAACUCUUUUAUAAUUUAAAUUCAUUAGAGAACUUGUAUUUAAAUAAUAACAAAUUAUCUUCAAUUUAUAGUGUAAUAUGGUUGCCAAGAUUAUCCGUUUUAUCGAUAGCUCAUAAUGAAAUCCAGGAAAUACAUCCUGAAGAAAUAUUCAACGCGCAUGCUUUAAAAAAAUUGUACCUAGAUCAUAAUGCAAUUGAAAAUAUUCAUGAAAGUACAUUUUCUAAAUUGGAAUCAUUAGAGGAAUUAUAUUUAGACAAUAAUAAUUUAGUUAAAUUACCAACCGAGUGGGAUAACAAUUUAAGAAAUCUACAUUAUCUCAAUUUGUCUAAUAACAAAUUUUUAUCUUUGGAAUCUUUGUCGCUAAGCGCAUCUUUACCAGUAAUAAGAAUAGACUUGAUAAACAAUAAGUUCAUUCAUAUAAAAGCUGAAGUAUUGCGAAAUUUACCAGAAAAUGCAACCAUAUACUUAACUCCGCCAUCAGAGAACAAUGAAUUAUCUAAUAAAAAUUUAUAGAUUACUAAAAUAUUAAAUUUUAAUUUCCGAGUUCAUAUGUAUGUUCAUUUACAACUCUUAAAUAUAAUAUAAUCUGAUAGAUAUAAUAAAAAUAAACAUAGUCUGAUUGUAUUAGUCUAAGAUGAAUAAAAAGAUAAUGUACCAUUGA